CGACCGUCGAAUGCACAAGCCACCAUGUGGCAACAACCAGUCCUGUUCAAGACGUGAUCUAACGUAAAAGUUGAACGCUGUGGCCUGUUGAGCUGAUCGUAUUGUACCAUCAAAUCGUGGAAUGUCAAGAGAAAACAGCUUAAACGUAUGUAUGACCCCGGCGGAGAAACCAUAAAACCCCGCGGUUCUCUGUCUCGCUCCGACUGUCCCUGACAUCCGCGCUUCUGUGCUCGGUUUGACGAGAAAGAGACGCUUCUGAGGUUCAGUUUGUGUUGUGAAAGAUGAAUCUGCAGUCUGCAGCUACGGAGCAAUGGAAGGAAUUGAUUAAUCAGCCAACUCUUGUACAACUUUAUGUUGCUUUGGCUGUAUUAGUUGUAACAAUUAUGUUGCUUUUCUUUUCUCGUUUCAUAAGGCAGUCAAAAGCAAACACCAUAGUCCUAGCUGGAUUGAGCGGCAGCGGCAAGACUGUGCUUUUCUACCAGCUACGAGAUGGUUCUUUACACCAAGGCUCCGUCACAUCAAUGGAUCCAAAUGAAGGGACCUUUAUCUUACAUUCUGAAGCUGACAGGAGAGGAAAAGUCAAGCCUGUUCAUAUUGUUGAUGUACCUGGGCAUUCUCGGCUGCGACCAAACCUUGAUGACUUUCUCCAGAAGGCAGCUGGGAUUGUUUUUGUCAUAGAUGCUGUGGACUUCUUGCUGAAUAUGCAAGCGGUUGCCGAGUACUUCUAUGAUAUUUUGACAAAGGCCAGUGUUGUUGCAAGGAAAACCCCAGUGCUUAUAGUGUGCAACAAGACUGACAAAGUAACGGCUCACACCAAGGAAUUCAUAAGAAGGCAACUGGAAAAGGAACUGGAGAAGUUGCGCACAUCAAGAAUUGCUAUAUCUGCUGCUGAUAUUGCUAAUGAAUUUAUGCUUGGUCUAGCUGGCCAGCCCUUUACGUUUUCUCAUUGCCAUAACAAAGUUACAGUGACUGAUGCCUCUGGCAUCACAGGAGAGAUAUCUGAGAUUGAGGAAUUCAUAAGAGAUCAUGUGAGACCUUAGAUAAGGCAAGGAAGGUGAAUUUGCGAGGGAUGGUCUCACCGUGAGAAUGCAAACGCAAGUCUUUAAGCUUCACCACAAAGACAAACAAUGACGACUUCCUGCAAGUAUCACCAUCGCACUGUGAAUGGAGGAUCAUUCUUUGCUCUUAUGUCAGCAGGAGAAAGUGGCACUCAGAUGCACCGUUCAUUGUGGAGUUGUUUCAAGGAAAUAUUAAUCAGAAGCAAGCUGCACAAAUUGUUAUGUUUGUCAAAAUGCUUCUGUAGAAACUCUGCUUCUGUUUGAUUGUGGGUUCAGGAUUGAGCUUGAAAUGCAGCUUCAUAAUACAGUAGGUGUGCAAAUAGACGGAAUCAGAUGGAAUGCCGUAAAAAAAUUGUGAAUCUGCAACAUGGAACUAAUUCUUUUGCAGCCAUCGUACAGGGGACUAGUCAGACAUGGUUCAUCUAGGCAAAGUCCCUGCUUGAUUAAGCUGAUUGGGCCACCAUUAGACUCGGGCUUACCUGACCUGAUGGACUGUCUCGAGGCAUAUCCAAGUCUAGACUCUAAACAUGUUUUGUCUGCUUGUUGGGCAUUGCUACAGUCGAGCCUGGUCUUACCUCUCAAUGCCAAACAUAAGCCUAAAUUGCACGGGGGUUUAGGAAAGUAGAAGGAUGCCGCUUGGAAUGGUUUCCAAUUUUCUCCGAUUUUCUGGAAAAUUUUCAUGAGAGAGAGAAAAGGGUAUGCUCAAAUGCAAGUUAAGUGCUACGCAGUCUCGCUGAAUAUCUCAAUCAGGAGCGCGAUUUUGUGAGAUUAACUGUAAAGUGGUUCACGUUUGAAAAGCUUGGAGCUAAAAAGGAUCUUUCCUGUCAAGUUUGUAUCAGGUCUGGAAAUAAAGAACGAAAUACUCUACAUUGUCGGCCUUGAAGAUCACAUAUGUAUCAACUUGCUGCGUUUUAUGAACUCAAAAAGUGGAAACGUUCUUGAGACUCUAAAGUAGAAAACGGUUAACAUCUUUUUUUCCAUGUUCGAGACAGCCACCUCAUGAAAGGGAGAAUUACUCAGCCGCGAGGCACGAAAUGCAGAUGGAACUAUAACACGUAAAAGCCCUUCAAUUAUCAUUUACAUCCGGUGCACUUCAUGUCCAGAUUCUUAAAGAGAGGCAUUUUACAAUUCUGUAAAAAUGAUAUCUGCCACUGAUUUAGGAAGAAUUUACAUCUUUCAAUAAUUUAAAUUUCAUUUCUAUUUCUAUUUCUAUUUUCUUCAACGAUGAUGACCAAGUUUAGCACCAUUUUU